AUGGAUUCCUCGAGUGAUUUUGUACUUAAGGAGGCAUUGCCCAAUGUUCUUGGUACUAUUGUCAUUGAUGAAAAUAAUAAUAUUGUUGCAUCUACUGGUAUUGGAUUAGAACGAGUUGAAGAUGUCGUUGAGUUGUCUAGAGUGAAGCUAGAUGAUUCAGGGUAUGGUCUGUUUCAGGAUCACGACGUCAACUGUAAUGUGUACAGGCAGGAUGGCAAGACUGUUGUGGUCUACACGGCUGGAAACUGA